AUGGAACAAAGUGCGCAAGAAGUCCUCUGCGCCUUCGCCGUCGAAUACCAUCCAAUCAUUCAGACUGUCCUCCUCGGCACCCAACCACACCUGGAUGCCGCCAAGGUCGAUACAAACGCCGCCCGGCGUAUCCAAAACACGCUCGCCCACCUUGCAGUCCAAAUCGCAAACUACAAAGCCUACUACCGCCAACGAAGACUCAAACAAGGAAACGGCGUCCAGUUCCCCGAUUUCGCCCUCUUAUCCGAGAUCCUCUCCGCUCUUGAACAGGAUCAUCCCACGCAACGUCUCCCCAACACCAACAACCAGGAUUCCGAGCAGUGGAACGAAACGUUGCACAACAGAGCAGAAUGGACGCUCUCGCGCGUCCACGAAGCUUUGAAGAGGGAAUGGAAUGGUGUUGAGAAGACGGCGAAGUUGCAUCCGAUGCAUAUCGUGGAGCAGUUUGGGUAUUAUUGGAAUUCGGAGAAGAACCCGUACAAGACACAGCAAAAGAAGGCAGAGGAGCAGAGAAGGGCAGAGGAGCAGAGGAAGGCAGAAGAGCAGGAGAGCGAGAGGACGCAGGAAAAGGAGACGCUGGGGGAAAAUGAAACACGGGAUGAAAGGUUUGCGAGGGCAUUCAGAAUGUUAAGAAGGUUUGGCCUGACUGUUCUGGGGGUUCAAGCAGUGAUUGAUGCGGUACGUAGGGAAGACGAUGGAAUUUUGUAG